AUGGUGUCCUCUCAAGUUACAGGAGUUACAUGUCCUAUUGAGAGCGGCUGCUUAAUUUUACAGCCGGGGGCAACAUAUGAGCACUUUCAUAGAUGGGGAAAUCCUGAGUGCCAACUGCUCACAAGCAAAAUCUCAUAUGCUAGUAUAGAACUUGACUUUGUUGUUACCUGGGAAAUGAUGUCCCUGGGAAAUGAUGGCCCCAGAGCAAAACAAAUUUACUGUCCACCCCACAAGCCUAUUGGAACAAAUGUUGGGCAACAGAGCAAAAGUGUAAGGAGGUUUCCUUCAGGUCAUGAUAUUAAUGGAGCACUUGAACCAUCAAACAUUGACACCAGCAUCCUGGAAGAAUACAUUGGUAAAGAGGACUCACAAGAUAUUUCCGAUUUAGAUUCCAUCUCUGACAUCCCAGCAUCAGCCGGUUAUCCUCAUACUCAGCCUGCUGGCUCUGCCACUAUCAAUGCAUCUGUCUCCAGUGUUGGUCAUAUAAUUACUCCUGUACCCAGUGGUAGCUUCCAUCAUGGUCCCCCAAGCACGCAGGUCCCAGUUCGUCAUGGUCUCCAUCCUGGUCCUUCAAGCAGUCAAGUUCCCCUACGGCACGCUCCCCCCUUGCCAAAUCCAUGUGGGUCCAGUUACAGUGCUCAUCUCAACUGCAACAACAACAAUGGCAUGGUAGUACCCAAAGGGUUUCUCAGUGGCCACUGCCUGUCCAACAUUGCCCCUCCAAUCAAAUCAGAAGCCUCCUACACAUCUGGCACUUUACCCGACUCUCCCCCAGAUUCCGGAUCCGAAGCUUACUCCCCCCAGCAGGUGAAUGAUCCUCACCUUCUUCGAACUAUGACUCCUGAGAAUAUGUGUCAAAUUACUCCCCCUUCACGGUUAGAGCAUCCCCCACCCCCUCCACCCCCACCCCACCUUCAGGGACUGCCACCACCACCUCCUCAUUCACACCAGCAGCAGCACAGCCAUCACUAUCCCAGCAUGCAACGGGACAUGUACGCGAAGGCUGAACCUCUGAUGCCACAGUUCACUAUAGGGCAAGGCAUGUCACCUGGUGACCUCCAUCAUGCUCAGCAGUCGCAGAUGCUUCACCAGCUACUUCAACAACACGGAACAGAACUUCCAGUGCACCCUGCCAAGAAGAGGAAACACUCAGAGUCACCAUCAAACACUCUCAAUGUGCAGAUGUUCAAUGGAAUGAUAAAACAGGAGCCAGGUACAGGAUCUGUGCCCCUCAACUCUGACAGAGUUCAAACACCUCCCUGGCAUCAGCAGGGGGCGCUCUCCCCAGGACUGAUUCAGGAUAAUGACAGCUUGAAUAGCUCCUCCUACUUGGAUCCCAACUACCAAUCCAUAAAAUGGCAGCCACAUCAGCAGAACAAGUGGUCGACCCUGUAUGAUGCUAACUACAAAGAGUUACCUAUGCCCACAUAUCGAGUAGAUGCAGAUAAAGGCUUCAAUUUCUCUGUGGGAGACGAUGCUUUCGUAUGCCAGAAAAAGAACCACUUCCAAGUCACCGUGUACAUUGGUAUGAUUGGAGACCCAAAAUAUGUCAAGACUCCUGAGGGUCUGAAGCCACUUGAAUGCUUCUAUCUGAAACUGCACGGGGUGAAGUUGGAAGCAUUGAACCAGUCAAUCAAUAUAGAACAGUCUCAGUCGGACCGCAGCAAAAGACCUUUUAAUCCUGUCAUGGUCAAUUUGCCUCCAGAGCAAGUCACGAAGGUCACAGUGGGCCGGCUGCAUUUCAGUGAGACCACGGCCAAUAACAUGAGGAAGAAGGGGAAGCCUAAUCCUGAUCAGAGUCUAUGCUUAUCUGGUCCUGUCUUGAAAGUCUAUGAAGUACGACCAACACCGAAACGUUCGAGUGAGAGUCUUGGUCUUGAUCAAAGGGCCGGUUCGGGGGUAAAACACAAACAGAGGGCAGACGGGGACCCUGGAGUCUGCAGACAAGCUUCUAACCCAGGUCAAUUUGAGAGUGACAGUGAUGUACUUUGGCAACGCUCUCAGCUCCCUGACACUGUCUUUCACCAUGGCCGAGUUGGCAUCAACACAGACCGACCUGAUGAAGCCUUGGUUGUCCAUGGCAAUGUAAAAGUUAUGGGAUCCCUUAUGCACCCAUCAGACAUCCGAGUAAAAGAUGACAUCCAAGAGGUAGACACCACAGAACAACUGAAGAGAAUCUCCCGUAUGCGGCUGGUGAACUAUAAUUACAAGCCAGAGUUUGCUGCCACUGCUGGCUUGGAGAAUACAACUGAGACAGGUGUUAUUGCUCAAGAGGUAAAGGAAAUUCUUCCAGAAGCAGUGAAGGAUUCUGGGGAAAUAGUCUUUACCAGUGGGAAAACUAUUGAGAAUUUCCUUGUGGUCAAUAAGGAGCGUAUUUUUAUGGAAAAUGUUGGGGCUGUGAAGGAGCUCUGCAAACUGACUGACAACCUGGAGAACCGGAUUGACGAACUAGAGAGGUGGAGUCAUAAACUGGCCAAGCUCAAAAGACUGGACAGUAUGAAGUCAACUGGAAGCUCUGGAGCAUUCAGCCAAGCUGGGAGUCAGUUCAGCCGUGCAGAAAGCAUGCCGCAUAAAAAGAGACCCCCCAAAGUGGCAGGCAAGACUCCUUCACAAGGAGUCAAAGACCAAGCUUGCAUCAGCCAACGUUUUCUGCAAGGUACCAUUAUUGCUCUGGUGAUCAUCAUGGCAUUCAGUGUGGUGUCCAUGUCUACACUCUAUGUGCUAAGCUACCGCAGUGAGGAGGACCUUGUGGAUAUUGAAGGCUCUUUUGCUGUGCCUACUACUUGCCUUCUGGCUCUUUUUCAGCACAGAGGUCCUGGCGUCCCAGUUGCUCUCUGUCCAUGGUCCAGUCAGAACAUAGAUAAAAAUAAGAUGACAUUUUCCACUACUGCAUCAUCAAAUACCCCUGACAAUGCUUCCCCUUCAGAGCAUGCCACAACCCACGCACCUGACUUGUCCCUUGCCUUGCCUGCCUAUAACAUAGUCGUCUGUAUCAACCCACCUUGUUUUUCUACCUGUUGCUCUUCUGUUCCCAACAACAUAUCUACUCCUGGACCUUCUGGGACCACUACAGUCCCCACCAACCGGAUAGGCCAAAACUUCGUGUCACUCCUACCAGUGACAAACAUCAAAGCCAAAUCGAGGGGGAUCACCGGCAAGACAACUUCCCACACGAAGUGGCCAAAGACUGCUGAUCGAUCCCGGGGCUUUGGGGGUCCCAAUGCCAGCCCCUCCUCCCUCUUUACCAACAUCCAGAGCAAGUCCAAAUAUAUUGCCAACCUCCCUCUCACAUACAACAGCUUUCCUUCCGAUCAGAUAUCACGACGGCAGCGACGGAGCAUCAGCCAACCAGAUGCUAAGGAACCUGGCAUUGCAAGCACCAAGCAUACUGAAAUGGCUCCUGUGCUCCAGUCUGUGUCCCUGUUGGAGGCGAAUGUGGUCAUCUUACCCCAGGUCUGUGCUGCAGGGGAUGAUUGCAGGACUGGAAAUAUCACUUAUCGCAUUCCCAUCAGCAAAUUUACAUCAGUGAACACAAAUCUUACUUUGGAAAUGAAUGCUUCCUCAGCUGUAUCUGGCUAUCUUUGUAAUCUCACAUCUAAUAGCCCAUGUCUGCACACUGACAGUGACCUAGACAGCUUGUCGAAUGCAACAGACAUUCAGGGAGCAACAUACCGUUGGACUGUGGUUAUGAUGCCAUUCCAGGAAUUUACUUACCAUUUCCGAUUAGCUAGGCCUGGCCAAGCUAACUGCAGUACCCCUUUGGAGCAGAUGGGCUCUCUCUUUCAUGACUACUAUUUCCAGUUUUAUUGGCUCUGUGAGUGA